GGGCGGGCGCUCUAGCCCCAGCCGGGCCCCAGCUCAGCUCAGCUCAGCUCAGCGCAGCGCAGCGCAGCUCCGCUCCAGCUCCAGCCUCGGCUCAGCCUCGGCCCGGCCCGGCCGCAGCCUCCCCGCUCCCUCCUCGCUCCCAGCCCAGUCUCGGCGCGCAGGGCCAGGGCGGAAGCCCGGUGCCGGAGCCCGCAGGCCCGGGAAAUGAUCUCCACCAUCUCGAGCCCGUGGCUCACGCAGCUCUCUCACUUUUGCGAUGUUACAGCUUUCACCGCCAACAGCCUGAGCAGCCUCAGCGCCUCCGGGGGCUACCACCUCUCGCCCUCCCCGGCCGGGGACCCCUACGGACAGCACGAGCCGCCGCCGCCGCCGCCGCAGGCGCCCCCGCGCUACGAUCCGUGCGCCGCCGGGGCCGCCGCGCCGCCCCACGGCUACCCCUUCCCGGCCCCCGGCGGCCCCAAUCCUCCGGCCGGCGGCGAGCCCGAGGGCGCCGGGGCGAGCUGCGGCUCGGCCGGGCCGGGCCCGGGGACAGUGGCUCCCAAGGCGCCGGUGAAGAAGAACCCGAAGGUGGCCAACGUGAGCGUGCAGCUGGAGAUGAAGGCUCUCUGGGACGAGUUCAACCAGCUGGGCACCGAGAUGAUCGUCACGAAAGCCGGCAGGCGCAUGUUCCCCACUUUCCAAGUGAAGAUCUUCGGCAUGGACCCCAUGGCCGACUACAUGCUCCUUAUGGACUUCGUGCCGGUGGACGACAAGCGGUACCGGUACGCCUUCCACAGCUCCUCGUGGCUGGUGGCGGGGAAGGCCGACCCCGCCACGCCGGGCCGCGUGCACUACCACCCCGACUCCCCGGCCAAGGGCGCCCAGUGGAUGAAGCAGAUCGUGUCCUUCGACAAGCUCAAACUCACCAACAACCUGCUGGAUGACAACGGCCACAUCAUCUUGAACUCCAUGCACAGAUACCAGCCCCGCUUCCACGUGGUCUACGUGGAUCCGCGCAAGGACAGCGAGAAGUACGCCGAGGAGAAUUUCAAAACCUUCGUGUUCGAGGAGACCCGCUUCACAGCUGUCACGGCCUACCAGAACCAUAGGAUCACCCAGCUCAAGAUCGCCAGCAACCCCUUCGCCAAAGGCUUUCGGGACUGCGACCCCGAGGACUGGCCUCGCACCCACCGCCCGGGGACGCUGCCCCUCAUGAGCGCCUUCGCCCGCUCGCGGAAUCCGGUGGCCUCGCCCGCCCAGCAGAACGGGGCUGAGAAAGACGCUGCUGAGAGCCGUCGGGAGUACGAGCGGGAAGCCAGCGGGACCCCUCUGCACGCCGACCCGGCCCACCAGCAGCUCAUGUCCCGCGUGCUGAGCCCGGCGCUGCCCGUCCCCGGAGCCGGCGGCUUGGUGCAGAUCACGGCCUCCGCGGGGGGCAGGCCGAGCCCCCCGCACCACGAACUACGCCUGGAGGCGCCCAGCGCCUCGGAGCCCCUGCACCAUCACCCCUACAAAUACCCGGCAGCCGCCGCGGCCGCGGCCGCCGCCUACGACCAUUACCUCGGGGCCAAGAGCCGGCCGGCGCCCUACCCUCUGCCCAGCAUCCGGGGUCACGGUUACCCUCACCCGCACCAUCACCACCACCAUCACCACCACGUGAACCCCGCGGCUGCGGCCGCCGCGGCGGCGGCCAACAUGUACUCCUCCGCCGGGGCUCCGGGCAACUAUGACUAUGGGCCAAGAUAACCCGCAUCCCCCGCCCCGCCCCGGCCAGCCUGGAUCCCGCCCCCCCCAUCUUGGACCCCAAGCUUGGCUGGCGCAGCCGGGGCCCCUCCCCAGGCCCAGACGCCCCCCGGGGCGCCUCCCCAAAUGAGGCCUCAGCGCCAGCGUUCGGCCCUGUCCUCCCCGUCUAGGCCCCACCCUAAGGUCGGGCCCAGGCUCUCCCUCUGACAGGGCUUUUGUCUCUGGCGCAGCCCCCUCAUCCGUCCCGGGGCCUCCCUCCAGCCAGGUUCUCUCCCCCGCCCCGACGUGCACCCCGGGUCUCCACUCCAGCCCCAGGGUGCCCCCUCCAGCCCACCCGCUCCAGCCGCCCAGCCCCGCUUCCCGUUCCGGGCCGCAGCCCCCCCCCCCCCUCCCAGGCCCGAAACUGCCCGCAGCCGGUGUGCCGCAUGGUGUGUGCGCUCCCUCCGCUUUGUAGCGUGUGUCUGUCCGCGGAGGGGGCUUUUGUGCUGAAGUGGGAACGUUGCCAUUUUUAGGAUGAUGGUUUUGCUGCCCCCUUUUCUCUUACACAUUUUUCCGAGGGGAUCCCGGGCCCGGACCCCUCCUCCCUCCCUCGCCUUCCCGAGCCUGGGGAUCCAGAUGUGAGCCUGCCUUCCCGGGGACGCCCGGUUCUUGGCGAUCCCCACUCCCUCCCGCCUCCCCUCCUGGGGAGCUCCGAGCCCCACGCGGGGCCUCCUGUCCCGACCUCUUAGCCGCUUCCCCUCCCCAGGCCUGGGGCCCUCAGCGGCUCCCCUUGGAACGCUGUGCCCCCAAGGUCCCCCUCCCCCUCCAUCCUCAGCCACGUGCUGGGCCGGGAGAGCCAGCUGCCGUCCCGCUGUGGAACACGAGGAAAAAAGUGUCCCAGGGCCGGAGUUCGGGGGCGGGGUUUGUGGCUCGAGGCCCUGGAAAAGUGGGGACCGACCUGGUAGCGAGAGAGACUAUAGUCUUACCUUCCUGCAUAAAGAGGGAGGGCGGGCUCAGAGCACUCCCUUCCAUCUGACGGGAAACUGAGGCCCAGCGAGCUCGGGGAGCCUCGAGCCCAUCUGCCCCCUUUUACAAAGGCCAGUGUCAAGCACUUGAGAUAGAAAGAAGUAAAAAAAAAAAGUCAAAUUCUGGUCCUCGAUUCUAGUCUGAGGAGCUUCUGUUCCAAAAGUGAGGCUGGGGAGGGGCCCUGGAGGUCCUCUGGGCCAAUCCCUCGGCCCCGCCCCACCCCCACGGACCCGUGACUUGCCUAAGUUAGGCAGGGAAGCAGAAUUGGAACCCGGGCUCGCUCCCAUUUCAGCACUCUCUCCUCUGCCCAGGAGUCCCCUCGGGGGUUCUCAGUUUCCCCCUCUGUAAAAAUGAGGCCUCGAAAUUCCCUUUCGAAGUUGAUCUGCAUCCACUUCCAGCUUCCCUCUGGGUCCCAGCUGCCCCUCCCGGCUCCAUCCCCACCCUCAGGAACGAGGGCCAGCUUGGGGAAGCAAGUCAGAGAUCAUCUCCACGGGGAUGCUUCUGUAGAAAGAGGAGAAAACCUGCCCCCCACCCCCCAGGCUGUCCGUCGGGCCCCCCAAGGGCCACAGGGCAGGCCCACUGUUGUCUCCUGCACCCAGGCUCAGCCCCCAAGCUUCUGGGCCCCGGGGGCUUAGAGGAGGAGGAAGAGGAGGAGGAGGAAGGCCCCUUGGUCUGCCUGAAGGCUCCCCAGGCUCCCCACCCCCACCACACGUGUGCCGGCUCUCCCAGGCGUGGAUUUUCUUUGACAUUUUUUUUUGUUUUUUUGCAGUGGAUUGUGGAAGUGUUCGUGUCUGACUGACGCACCCUUCAGCCCCUCUCCCUCGGGUGGGUGGAGCUUAAGGCGGGCAAAGCCCCCCCCCAGCUCCCGUGGUUUGGGGGCCCCUCCCCCAGCUCCCGUGCCUUUGGGGCCCCCCAGCUCCCGUGGUUUUGGGGCCCUUCCCCCAGCUCCCGUGCCUUUGGGGCCCCCCAGCUCCCAUGGUUUUGGGGCCCCUCUCCCCGCUCCCGUGGCUUUGGGGCCCCUCUCCCCGCAGCUGCCGCGGGACCGAUUCUCUGUACACAGAUUAGUGCCAAAGCUUUGGGUCAAAUGUUUAAUGAAGUGAUAUUUAUUUUUGUCCCCGAGAUGAUGCGAACCCCGCCCCCUCUCCCUGGGUAGUUGCCGCGUACGUAAAGGCGAGUCACCCCCAGAGGCGUAUCUGCAGGAGGUGUAGAUACUGUAGAUAUGUGUAGAUACGUGUAGAUAACGCAGCCGUUACCUUGCAAUUGACGCAAUAUCGGACAUGGACAUUUACAAACUGC